GUUCAAAAUAGACAUUUAUACACCAUUCGAUAGACAAUUUCAAGAGCUACAUUUUGCACUAUUUAUAUUUGAAAAAAGGAUUAUUUCGAUUUUCCGCCUAAUUUCCGCCUAUAUGCCCACUGUGCAUUCAUUCCUUACACGUAUUUUAAGUCAGAAUUCUACGAUAGGAAAAUAAAUACGAUGAGAGUGAGUUCAAGUACUUAUAACUUUUUAGCUAAAAGAGCUAGAGAACUGCGGUUUUCACCAUUAGGAAGAGCAACUCAGGGGACACAAACUCAUCGAAGGAAAAGAAUUUCCGAAAGUUUUCACAGGCUAAAUUUAGCGGACGAAAGUUCAGAAAAUUAGCAUGUUUAUUUAUCUUUUUCGCUAGUCUUGUAGGGCGAGAGGUCCUCUUUCAAAUGGUAUCUAAGCAACCCCAAAAAUUUUGCUUCCUCGCGGAGCUACAGACGUUUUAAUCGGCUGAGCACUCGUAAGGGCCUUUUCGCUAUAGAAAAGAAAAAAUCGUCGAAACAUAGGUUAUCGACCGCGCUGAAUCUCGUGGCAAUAUUCGUUUUUCAAAACACUUGCAAAAACCUAGUAAAGAUCUAUACUGCGUGACAUAGCCCACUUGUGCCUAUAUUUGAGUAAAAUUAAAAAAUUCGUAACUCAGCCAAGAUCCAUCCAAAUUACGUCAGAAUAUCAAGAUGUACUCUAUUUGACCUGCUCAUAUACGUGUUUUUACUUGAGAAUAGUAAAAAACAUUGCUAUACUUCGGAAGGCUUCUAGAAAACCCUUUUAAAAACCAGUGCCUUUAGCAAAAGUAGUAUAACGCUGCAAGGCGAAGUCCUAAAAGCCUGCGGGGCAUCACAUUAUGAUCAGGACACUGUACUCAACAUAGCUUCAUGUCUGUUUAAUCGGACAGCCUUAAAAAUUUUAACUGAAAUUUGAAAUUUAGAAAAAGGUUGUUUUUUAGGGCUUUCAGAAAUCUUUUUUGGAAACCCUCAAAAAUCAUUGAAUUUUUGACAAAUUGAGAUGGAUUCUGAAAGGUGGCAGUUUGGGGUACUCACCCGUAUGCUUACUUCAGUGUCGAACGUUUCAGAGGAAAAUGGAAUUCCUAAGGAGGAGCCCUUAACUAGUGCACGAGUCUAAGCGGCAUCAUUUAUAAACUAUUCCAUAUUUCGUACAACAUUAAAACAAGAAGAAUGUACAAUUGAAACACGUGCAUUAAUUCGACGAAUAGCUCGACCGGUUAUUAAUGCUACACUUCGUUGGCCACAUGACUUUGAAGAUUGUCGAACUGAAGCUGCAAAAGAAUUAGCUCGUGUUAUACCAUUAUUAACAUUUAAAGUAUGCGAUAAUGAAACACAAUCAGUCAAAACAGAUUCUACACCGGUUCUAGCCAAAUGGAUGUGCGCUGCCUUUGAAUUUGUGCGAUUAAUACACCAGUUACAGUCGAUGUAG